CUCAAAGGUAGUUCCACACGUAACUUCAUCCAGCUUGUCAUCAAAACAUUCAGAAUCUUCUUCGAUGAAUAAUAAGUUUACAUUUAUCCAAGCUUACGUUCUUUAUUUUAUUAUUUACGCUCGGAACUUUCAGAAUUCUCUUAUAAAUCAUAGUAGCGAAAAGUGAACAUUAAACAAUAAACAGAACUGAUUUUUUUAUUAACUUGAUUGAUCUUCCCUCCUAUUAUAUAAACUAAAGAAUCGAAAAACUCUCUACAUCGAUUUGGUAGAUUGCUGGAUGAACCAUUGGCUUUAUACCUAUCCUUAGCCUACACCACUUGCAUUCUUAUUUAUUUGCUUAGGCCUGAUAUUUAUACCAUACUACAGAAUUUGCAUAAAUAAUCUAUUAUCUGCAUACAUAUUCAACGCUAAAUGGAAUGAAUUGCAGACGGAAACCUCUUCCUCUCCAUACGAAAGAAGUUCAGCUUGCUGAAGCUAUCCCUAAAGAAGAACUAUACAACUGGUCUUUAAAGAAUGUUUUAGUUCUUUUUUUGGUUCAAUAUCGCGCAUUAGCUCCCUCCACAUUACAGUCUGUAUCGACAAGCCAUUUGAUUGCUGACAAGAAAGUUGCUGCAAUUAGUAAUAAUAACAAUGCUAUUAACGCGAAGGAGAAGCGAGGAGCUCUCAAAUACCCCAAAGAGUUUAUUAAAUACUUGACAACCGAACUUGAAAACAUCAGUAUGGGUCGUAACCCGGAUUAUCAAGAACAAUUAUUUCGUGGUACAUUUGCUGCUUUCUAUAAUACUAUUAGCAAACCUUAUAUAAUGAAGCAGAUGAAAGAAUCUCGAAGAAUUGAAGAUUUAUUCCUGAUUUUCACCAGUUCAGUUUCGUCCGAACUCACAAAACGCUUAGGUUCUUUCGAAAGUAAUUUAUCUGAUGAAAUUUCUGUUUCAUUUAUAGAUUUGUGUAAAUCUAUUUUAAUUGCUCGGCAACUGCUCUCUCCUUCAUCUGAAUUCAUUGCUCACCUUGAUAUGUAUAAAUCAAAAAUACGAAGUCGUACAGAUAUUUUAACUGCGAAACGUGUUAGCAAAGGAUCUGAAAAGUUUGAUUUUUCUUCUUUUCCGCUCUUAAAAAUCUUUGCUUCGGUUUUUAAGGUAGCAUAUCCAAAAGUUUUGUUGGAUGCCGAAAAUGUGUUUCCUACUAUUGACGAAUCGGCUAUAUUUAAAGAUAUUACGAUACUAAUUGACGAUCUCCAAAAUGACGCUUGUAAAUAUUCUCAUUCCGUUUUAGAUUUUUCCAACUAUAAAGCCUACUCUACAUAUAAAACCCGUGAGUUGCAAAUAUUAGAGCAACAUCGGAAAAUCAUGCUUAGACUCAAUCCUCUGUUGUCAGAAAUAUACAACAGCAAUCAUGGAAUCAACUCUAAUAAAACCCUGGAACCAACUCUAACUUGCAUCCCUCCCAUUACACGCCCGUACUUUCGACAGCUGCUAGCACUUUGUCUUCAAUACCGUUCCACCAUUACUGAUCCUUCCGAGGAGAAAAACGUUAGUACAUUCAUUCGUGAAUGUUCGAUUUAUUGGAGGAUUUUGCCUUCAAGUCGGUUAGCACUGAGUAUGGAACUUGCUCGUGAAUAUUUUCAAAAGGAUAUGAUUUCAAUGAUGGAUGUUGUAAUCUAUUUCGAAGAGUUAUCUAAAGUGACGAAGGAAUACGAAAAUAUUUACUGGCCAAAGGUAGAUGUAUCAAUGCUCAAAGCCGCUUUGAUUGGAAUCCGAAAUACACUUCUACAAAAGAUUAAAGCUUCUCUCUUAAACAUUUUGAAUAACAAGAAAUCUAAUUAUCAUAAUCCCUUGGCUUUACUGGAAAUUUGCGUUGAGAAUGGUAAAUUUGUUAGCGAGGACUUAAAUCCGAAAGCAGAACUUAUUUCGAUUGCAUUGAGUUUACAGGAAGUGUGUCACGAAAUUUUUUCAAAAGAAUUUAAUGUAUCAUCACGGGAGUCCUCUUCUAAUGGAAUAGACGAGAUUUUGCUCCACAGUCGUGCUCUGAAUGACAGGGUUGAAUUUAUUCAGAAAACGUGUCCUGACACUAUCUACGGCAUAAUAUCCUUACCAAGCCUAUUUACCAGUGUAGCUUUACCUAGUUAUAUAGCAUCUGCAAUGGAAGUGACCAAAGCUCAUCUUCAAAGCAAUGCUCAGGGCGAUCUUGAUGCUCUUACGAAUGACAUGAUUGACGCUUACAGUGACUUAAAAAAAAUGAUUAAUCUACUCCGUUUUUACCAUAAAGACGAAUACGAACUUGGCAAUUUCGAAGGGUUUUUUCAACCUUUUGUGGAUUCCUGGUUAAAUAACGUAGAAGUCAAUGCGAACCAUUGGCUUCAAGGAGCGUUACGGAAAGACAAUUUUGAUACUCUGAACAAGGAAGCCGCCUGUAGUAGUUCUAUUAUUGACCUUUUCCAUGCUUUUCAUCAAUCUUUCCGUACGCUUUUGAAUUUUGAAUGGGAAGAUACCCUUUGUAAUGCUAGAUUUUUUACGAAAUUCUUUAGGAUUGUGUAUAUCGUUUUAUCGAAAUAUACUAGUUGGGCAUUGAAAACCUUUUUUGACGAAGCGAAUAAAAAACAUGAAAGCAUGGAGCUGCGAAAUGAAAGUGAAAGCUCAAGCUCAAGCUCAUGGUUAUCAAAAGCUCGAACAAUGCUAUCUGGUGCUGUCGAGGUGCUUCCUUUUCAUUUUUCUACUUUCAUGUGUAUUUUGUUGAACAAUGUACAUUACGCUAUUCAGGCUUAUGAAGAGCUUGAAAGCAAAAUAGAUCUUCAAGAGUUAGUUCAAGCUCUGGACCAGGCUGAAUCUACAAAAGUACAAAAGCUUUCUACCACUAAUUAUUUGUAUACUGUAAGGGUUAUUCGCGGAGAAAAUCUACAGCCCGAUAAUGCUGGAAAGAUUCGAACCUCUUAUGUCGUCCUAACUGACAACAGAGGAAAACGAAUUGGAAAAACGAGACCAAUUCAUUCCAUGAACCCCCGUUGGGAAGAUUCUUUUGAAAUAAAAGCAAAAGAUUCUUUAAUCAUUACUGCCAAUUUAUGGUCCAAAGGAAAGUUUGGUGACCAUGAAAUAUUUGGAAGAUGCUCGUUUCCUUUAACUCCUAAAGUUUAUGGUGAUUACAUAGCGAGAGAAGACUGGCUAAACCUAAGUCCAAAUGGUGAAUUAUUACUAAGGAUCGAAAUGGAAGGCGAAAAAGAGCAUAUCGGUUUUUACGUAGGACGAACUUAUCAUGAUUUGGAAAGAUCUCAGAGUGAAAUGAUCCGAUUCAUCGUCAACAAAAUGGAGCCUGUUAUUAGUCAAAAUUUAUCAAUGUCAACGUUGAGGAGACUGUUGUCGGGCUCUUGGAUGGAUUUCGAUAAAACUAUGACUUCCGUAACUAGUUUAUUUAAUCGAGCUACGUUGACUUCUUUUUCAAAGAAAGAAGACCAAAAGAAGGAAGACCACGAGUUAACUGACGUUGAGAUUGAAUCCGCAAUCAAUGAUUUACUUGAUUUUUUUGACGUUAAUUUUUCAGUUAUUGCUCGGCAUUUAUCAAAAGAUGUUUUCAUUACUGUUAUGUCUUACGUAUGGGACGAAGUUAUGUGUACGAUCGAAGAUUUAUUACUGCCACCUGUCUCUGCGAAGCCAAUUGAUAGAAAACCGCUUUCCGAAAAUCAGGUAAAUAUAGUAUAUAGUUGGUUACAAUUCCUCAAAGACUAUCUACACGCUAAUGGUGAAGGUGUUAAGCUUUCAGUACUAGAAACAGAACAUUACCUAGAACUUUUAAAGAUACGAGAAUAUUAUGACAAACCCACGGAUGAGCUAUUGGAAGAGUGCGAAAAGAUUACUUCGCAUUUAUACCAUUCUUCUCGACUAAUAAACAAAUCGCCCGGAAACAAUCCUGAAAUUUCUUCAUUAGCAAAAUUAAGCAAUAAGGAAAUUUAUAGAUCAGGGACGAUAAAGAAAUAUGUCCCGCAGGUCCAACAGACCACUGAAGGUGAACUAGAAAGGAAUGAACGCAUCAUCCUACGGAUUUUACGGAUGCGUUCGAAUUCAAAACGAUUUUUAUUAAAACAUUUCCAGAGAAAGGACAAGCUAAAAAUGGCAGACGCUAUGAGAAACGGAUAUGUGAUGCCACUUGGACAUCUAAAAAACGCUUAAUAACUCAUUGAAGUUUUAAUAAUAGUUAGUUUGGUAUAUUCAUGUUGAUAGAUAUUAAUGGAAUACUUUAAUAUGAUCUUAUUACUCUGAA